UAAGACAUCUGUGGCUGGGCUUGCUGGUCUCUGCACCAUGAGAAACAGGUAUCUAAGUUUGCUUCCAGGACUCUUGGUGCUGCUGCUGUUUCCAAUGGGACCUACAGCCCAGAACAGUAAAGCCUGUGCUCUGCGGUGCCCUCCAAAAUCCUCAUGUGUCAAUGGCACUGCCUGCCGCUGCGCUCCAGGAUUCAUUUCUUCUUCUGGGGAGAUCUUCACAGACCCCUUGGAGAGCUGUGAUGACAUCAAUGAGUGUGGGCCACCCUCACCAGUGAAAUGUGGAAGAUCAGCAGACUGCCAGAACACUGAAGGGGGAUACUACUGCACAUGCAGCCCAGGAUAUGAGCCUACUUCUGGGGUAACAAUAUUCCAGAAGGAGAGUGAGAACACAUGUCGAGAUGUGGACGAAUGUCAGCACAGACCCAGAGUCUGUAAAGGCCGCAGCAUCUGCAUCAACACCGAGGGCAGCUACACCUGCCAGUGCCCACCCGGCUUGGAGUUCAACCCAAAUGACCCGAGGAAUUGCACAGAUGUGAAUGAAUGCACCUCUGGGAGAAACCCAUGCCACAGCUCCACCCACUGCUUCAACUUCGUGGGCAGCUAUGAGUGCCGUUGCCGCCUUGGCUGGAAGCCUAUCCCUGGGUCCCCCAAUGGCCCAAACAACACAGUCUGUGAAGAUGUGGACGAGUGCAGCUCCGGGAAGCAUCAGUGUGACAACUCCACCGUCUGCGUCAACACUGUGGGUUCAUACACAUGCCACUGCCGCCAAGGCUGGGCGCCCAAACCUGGAAUCCAGGAUAAGCAAAUGACCACCAUCUGCAAAGAGAUCCGCUUCCCCACCUGGACUGCUCCCCCUGGAAUCAAGAGCCAGGCGCUCUCUCACUUCUUUAACAGAAUCCAGGAUCUGGGCAGAAACUUCAGUUCGGCCUCUGUCCUGAACACUGUUCGGGUGCUCAUACAGGAGAUGAGUGAUCUGCUGGAGACCCCCGGGGACCUGAAAACCCUGCCCUUAUCAGAGCAGCGCUUUGCAGUCACUAACCUGCUCUUUGGCCUGGAAAAUGUCCUGAGAGGGGUGAGCAAGGCAUUGCCUAAAGGGUCAUGGAACUUCAGUUCAUCUGCAGGCAUAGAAGUGUCACUGGUGGUGCAGGCGCCACGCUACAGGAAUAUCACCUUGAUUCAGAAUCGGACAGAGAUGAUGCUGACCUGGGAUACAGUGCAUGAUUCUGGUGACUCAGGUCUUGCUGUGGUGGGCCUCCUUUCCACUCCAUGGAUGCACAGAUUCCUGGCUGAAGCCCCUCUGGUCCUGGAUGCUGAGGAACCGACAACUCUACGUGAGACACACAGGGGUUUGCUGCAGGAAACCUCCCACAUCCUGCUGUCAGAUGUCAUAUCUGCCUUUAUCACCAAGGACACUGAGAACCUCAGGUUCCCAGUCACCUUUGUCUUCCAACAUUCAGUGACCCCUGGGCCAAGAAAGAAGGUGUACUGUGUUUACUGGGAGCGUGGCCAGAAUGGAAGUGGUCAUUGGGACACCAGAGGCUGCUGGGUGACCAGCACCAGAGACAGCAGCACCACCUGCCAGUGCACCCACCUCAGCAUCUUUGCCGUCCUCAUGGCCCACUACAGUGUCCAGGAGGAGGAUCCCGCACUGACUGUGAUCACCUACGUGGGACUCAGCCUCUCUCUGCUGUGCCUCCUCCUGGCGGCCCUCACCUUCCUGCUGUGCAAAGCCAUCCAGAACACCAGCACCUCGCUCCACCUGCAGCUCUCGCUCUGUCUCUUCCUGGCCCACCUGCUCUUCCUCACAGCCAUUGACAGAACUGAGAACAAGGUGCUAUGUGCCAUCAUCGCAGGUGCCUUACACUAUCUCUACCUGGCCUCCUUCACCUGGAUGCUGCUGGUGGGUCUGCACCUCUUCCUCUCUGCACGCAACCUGACAGUGGUCAACUACUCCAGUAUCAACAGGUUCAUGAAGAAGGCCAUGUUCCCUGUGGGCUAUGGAGUCCCGGCUGUGAUUGUGGCCAUUUCUGCAGCAUCCAGGCCUUAUCUUUAUGGGACCCCCACCAGGUAA